AUGGACUUUGAGACCCCCGCUACUACCCUCCAACAGCCGAAAUCCGUUACCACUGCCACCUCGUCAUCCGCCUCCUCAUCCAUCUCAUCGCUCACAACACCCUCCAAUCCACUCCAACACGACACCGCAACCCCUUCCCCGACUGCCUCUCUCAUCGAUAAUGCCUCCCCCUCAGAGGACACCUCGCACGCCAUGUCUCCACCAGACGCUGAGUCGGAGCAAACUCAAAAAGAUGCUUUCACAGAAGGCACCAUGUCCACCUCCACGGUAACCACAGAGGCCUCCUCUUCCUCCAUCGAGUCAGCUGGAGAUUCCAAAAACUCGGCCGAAGAGAAAGGACCUUCUCCUCACCUUUCUUUAUCCUUCUGCACUGGAGUCGUCUGCAUACCGCAUCCGGAAAAGGCUGACAAAGGUGGCGAGGACGCCUUCUUCGUCGAGAACAACGCCUUGGGUGUAUUCGACGGCGUGGGAGGAUGGGCCUCCAUCGGCGUUGACGCCGGACUGUAUUCAAAGGAAUUGGCGCGAUUAACUCGCAACUAUGUGCUCAGGGAGGGCCCUUCGGCUAUUGUCGACGCGCUUAAACACGCCACGGAAAAGAACCGGGCGAUAGGCUCUUCGACGGCAUGCGUGGUCGGGUUGGACGGCGCCAAGCUGAUCGGUGUGAAUGUGGGCGAUUCCGGUCUUAUUGUAAUUCGUGACGGAGCCAUUGUAUAUAAGACAACUGAACAACAACAUUAUUUCAACUGCCCGUAUCAAAUUGGAACUGACUCCCUAGAUACCGUCGAAGUUGGUGGGCCUAUCGACGUAACAUUGCAACAUGGUGAUUGGAUCAUCAUGGGCACGGAUGGGUUGUGGGAUAAUGUGUUUUCAAGCAAUAUUGUAGAUCUCGUGGUGCGACAGACCUCUGGGGAUACCGAUGGAUCUCCAAAGGAGAGUGGCGCGGCGGCGUCGACGGACAACUGUUCGGAUGGCGGUUCUACGGCGAGUGACUGCUCCCCUGCGAAUGGGGAGGAGGCACAGAUGAUUGCGCAACAGCUGGCGGAAUUCGCUGUCAAGGUGGCCAAUGAUGAACGGGGUGCGUCGCCAUUUGCUGUGAACGCCCAAAAAGCGGGACAUCUGUUUCUUGGCGGCAAGGUAGACGACAUCACGAUUAUUUCUGCUUUGGUUGUAGAUCCAAAGGCCGAAUCUGGUGUAGCCAAAGGUUUGGAGGAUGGGGCGAGAGCAGUAUCGCCGGCGAGCGGUAAGCUUUAGAAGAUGUGAAUUGUAAGAAAAGAAAAACGCAAAAACGUACGUGUAUCUUGGUUGCAUACUCUUGAGAUAAAGAAAAAUACGAAUUAACGCCACACCAUUAUUGAA